AUGGCAAUGGGGAAUGAUGGUAUGGAAGAUUCAAACAUCUCGGACGUGGAAAAAGGCAAUUUCGUUAUUAAUUCAGAUCUCAAUGCUUCCUCAAAUCCUACUAUUGAGUUUGUCCAAAGGUUGUUAGCCGAGUUUAUUGGGACGUAUAUUAUUAUUUUUAUCGGUUGUGGAUCGGUGGUGGUGAAUAAGCUUUACGACGGCAUAGUCACGUUUCCUGGGAUAUGUGUCACAUGGGGCCUAAUCGUUAUGAUUACAAUUUAUGCUAUCGGCCACGUCUCCGCCCACUUCAAUCCUGCUGUGACCAUCGCUUUAACUCUCUUGGGUUUGUUUCCAUUUAAAGAGGUGCUUCUUUACAUUAUGAUGCAGUUGCUAGGAUCGAUUCUCGCUAGUGCAACAUUGUCGUUGAUUAUAGAUAUUACUCCCAAAGGUUUUUUCGGGACAACACCAUCUGGCUCGGCCAUGCAAUCACUUGUAGUUGAGAUCAUCGUGGCCUUCGUCUUAAUGUUCGUUAUUUCAGGUGCCGUUAAUGAUCACAGGGCGAGAAAAGAGCUUGGAGGGGUUAUAGUUGGCAUGACCAUAGCAGCGAACGUCUUUGUAGGAGGACCGAUUUCUGGAGCAUCGAUGAAUCCAGUGAGAAGCCUUGGACCAGCCAUCGUAAGGCAUAAUUACAAAGCAAUUUGGGUGUACAUCCUCGGUCCACUCAUCGGAGCGAUUACUGGAGGAUUUACUUAUAACUUACUUAAGCCAACAAACAAAUCUUUUAACGAAUUAUUUAAAAAAAGUUAA